AUGGAGCGCGAUUCGAUUUCCUUCGUUCGCAUCUCUAUGGCAUCAAGGCACGGGAAUGCCAUCUGUGGGUUGGAGGCCCCCGAUAAAUGCGGUGCAGAUGUGAUAAAACCCCGAACCGACGAAGACGACACAUACUGGCUGCGCCUUAAUCUUGAGGCCAAGAAGGGCGAUGCAGUGAUAGUUGGACCGGAUAGAGCUUUAUACUGCCGAGAACGAGAAUGA